GCUGGAUGCGCAGAAUCGGCGACGACGCUGGCGACGUCUUAAGAGGGUGAAGGCUCCCCCCUUACACCCCACCCCCUGGAUCUCUUCAACCGUGAAAGGCACCGAAAUGAACAGGUUUACAGCGUCGGCGGGUAGUUGUGCAGAGUUGCCGACGGGUCAACACGUACGUCGCCCGUCAACUCUCAUCCUAAACCCUCUAUCAGUAUCUCUGUGUUAUCUCUGCACAUGUUUCCUAUUAUCUCGUUUCCGUAAUUAUUUUUAUUUUUUUUUAUUUAUCAAGUUCGCUGUGCGAGUUUUUGUUGAAUUGCCUGGCGUCCAGUUAAAAGAAGACGUUCCCAUCCAGGUGCUGCUGCCGAAGCAAAAAUCCUUGCAGCGCAAGAUGCAUCUGCAUUUUGAGGAGCCUAGUAGCCAAUUGCGCUGCGACUCGGUCAUCAAUUCCCUGUCGUGGAUGGGACGCGUCCCAGAUGAACAGCCCGAGGGACACGGAUGGAAGCUUAACCGCACCAGCUACUAUCAAGAGGGCUGGUUAGCGGCGGGGAACAGCAGGAGCGUUGUUGGAAUGGUAAUGAAAUAUCCGGCAGUCUGCCGCUUCACUCCGCCACACCUUCCGUUGCCGCCACGCACCAAUUACAACUUACGCGGACAUCGAGCUCAGAUCAGUUUAGUGAGAUGGAACGAGCCGUAUCAGAAAUUGGCCACGUGCGACGCAUCCGGUAUCAUCUUUGUCUGGAUCCGUUACGAAGGUCGAUGGUCCAUCGAGCUCAUCAACGAUCGAAACACUCCCGUAACCCACUUUUCAUGGUCGCACGACGGUCGUAUGGCAGUCAUCGCAUACCAGGAUGGAUUCGUUCUCGUCGGAUCCGUUGCUGGACAGCGCUAUUGGUCGACCGUACUCAACCAAGAAUCCAUCAUUACCACCGGAACAUGGACUCCUGAUGAUCAACAGGUUUAUCUGGGAACGUCGAGUGGAUCAAUCGUUGUCUUGGACGUGCAUAAUGGCGCCGUUGUGGCGCAAAUUCAAAUGUCGGAACCGACUAGCAUAUCGCCUGGUUCGAUAUCGAGUAAUAGCACCAACCACACAUCAGCUGCCAAUGGCAUUCGUCAGCUGGCGUGGAACUGUCCGCGAUUUAAAAUGGAAGAACCGACGUCAUCGACAACUAACGCAGGCCGUCAAACAACAUCUGCAGAUGGUCAUUUACUCUCUUCCAUGUCCAAUGGUGUGGAGGAUCAACAUCAUGUCCUGGCCGUCCUGACUGUGGGGGGCCGGUUGAGUUUGAUUAAAGGUUUCGACGACAUCCAUCCUUGUUCCGCGGUGGAUGAUGACGAUGAAGCCGAAAACGUUCCUUGCUGGAACAAGGGACCGCUCUCAUCUCCCAUGAUGGAAUGGAAUAAUGAAGGUGAAUUACUCUGCCUCGGGGGUCACCAUCACGUUCAGAGCUCCUCUGCGGCUGCUGGCCUUCAUCACUACGCCAACAUCCUGCAGUUCUAUAACAGCCGUGGCGUAUUGCGAUUCCGCAUCGCCGUCCCUUACACGCAGGCUCCAAUUACAAGUUUUACGUGGGGGCAUAACGAUCGACGUCUGUUUGUGGCGACGGGAUGCACAGUUCAUGUUGCAUGGGUUUCACCUCGAAGGAUCGCUUCCCUGCAGCAUUUAGCGCGACUCAAACUCAGACGAUGUCUAACCGGACCGGAUCAGCUUGACGACCCCAUUUUCACUGACCGAAUACCCAGGCUCAUCCGUAACCUGAUCGUUUCCCUCUUUUCCAGCACCGUCCAUUGUCAUGUUCCGGAAGAGCACCGAAUUCGAGAAUAUGUCUGCAAACCGCCACCGGGUAACACACGGCUCUACUGCACUAUGAUACGACGCGAUGAAGAAGACUCUGCCGGCUGGCAUGGAGUGGACGGACUGAUCGAUCCGAUCGAUCCUGAUGCAGCAACCAGCAGCGGGGGAGGUGUUGGCUUCACCCUCUAUCUCGAAUUCCUCGGCGGACUCAUUCCUCUUCUUAAGGGUAAACCAACGUCAAGAAUAAGGCCAGAAUUUGUCAUAUACGAUCCGCGAAAGUUGUCCAGCAACGACAUGAGUAAAAGUCAGCCUUUGUUAAACAAGAGCUCCGAGUUGCUUUUGGCUCCUCCACCGACGUCGGCUAGCAAAUUCCAGCAACUGCUUAGUCCCGGUCUUCGACGUAAAUUCAAGCGAAAUCGUCCUGCUGCUGGACACCAAUCAGCUGAUUCAGAUUCCGAAACGGACGAUAGUUGCGUAUCGACUCCAAGACUGCAGCGGAAAUUUGGAGGGAAAAAACCCAACAACCAACAUCCUAACUCUGGGGAUACCAAUGACUGUAAAGCUAAUGGAGAGAAUUCGACGCUGGCUGAAGUGGCUUCAAACAUUUGGGGAACUCGAUUCAAAAUCACGGGAUUGGCGCCAUCUCUGCCGACGCAUCUUGGUCAGAUAACGUACAAGACGUCACUGUUACACCUUCAACCUCGUCAAAUGACGCUGGGCGUGGUCGAUUUACGGGAUUCUUCACCUGGAACUGAAGUAGAAGGGCCGCCCAUUUCAAUCUGCCCAUCGGACGAAGAAGAUAAUUCGAAAGGCAAUAGAGAAUCAUCGAACCGACAACAUCCGCCCAUAGUUCCACUGACGACACCUAAUUUACGAUUGAGACGGAAAGCUGGAAUGAGCCGGAUGGAGCCCCCACCUUCGCCGACUCAUCAUCGACGGGCGGUUCAACACCAACCUCAGACGACCCUCGACGAAAUGUUACGGAUCGAGUGGAGCAAUCACUCAGAGUCACGGAUCAUUUUGUCUACACCGGCCGUACGAUGGCGUAGUCAAAGCGCCGGGCAUCUCGCAAUAGCGUCGGCAAUCAGCAACAGUAGCAAUUGGCCUUACAGUAGACGAAGAAAGAGUCGUUCGUUGGACUCUAGUCCCGUUGUUGGUAGCAAUCGGAGCCGUGGCCCGGGGUUGCCGGAUAUUCGUAGCUCUUGGGCCGUCCAAAUCACUCAACCUUUAGUUACAAAAGCGACCACGACGGACAAAAAGACGAGCACAAACUCGUUUCGUUCGAGAGUUGGCAGCCAAGUUUUGCAGGCCCAACACGUGUCAGAUGGCGAAGGUCAUAAUAAAGUGAAUAAGGAAAAGCGUUUCGCUUUGGCCCGACUCAGUCCGUUGUUUGGUCGCAAAUGCUCAUCGUCGGCAGGGAAAUCGACUGCUGGCCGAUCUGAACCCAACACUCCUAAUUCUAGUCCGGCCAUAGGACGUCGCCGGAAUAAUUCGUCGGCUACCGUGAAGAAUGAACGGCGCCACCAAUCUCCUAUACAGCAAUUGCUCAAUUCUCCAUUGCUAGCCAGACGGCUGGGGAAAAGUCGAUUUGCUCCUGCUGCCGCCUCUGCAACGGCUAUGGAAAGCUCAGACGAUGAUAUCGAUGAUCCUCAGGCAACAACAGUCCAUAAUUUUCACGAUCUCGAGAGUUUCCAAAAAGCUCAGCUGCUCAAUAAGCUACGACAGACUUGGAUAGCUGAAAAGAAUUCGGCCACAGCAACUAACGUUGAAGAACGCGAGCCACCAGCUCAGACGAGACGAAGGUGUGAGUUUGUUUUGAACAACAAAGCUCCGUUGUGGAACGAACACAGUCAAGUUUAUCAGUUGGACUUUGGGGGAAGAGUGACCCAAGAGUCUGCAAAAAAUUUCCAGAUUGAAUUCAAGGGAAAACAGGUUAUGCAGUUUGGCAGAAUCGACGGGAAUGCCUACACGUUAGAUUUUCAGUAUCCUUUCUCAGCUGUCCAGGCUUUUGCUGUGGCUUUGGCUAACGUGACUCAACGGUUGAAAUAAAAGUGGAAUUUGAAUAAAUCUGUCCAGAGAUGGUCAAUACGCCUCUUGUGAUAUUAACAUUCGUAACUGUGAGAAUUUAUUUCACUGUCAUUCCUUUGUUUAUUAUGAAAUUUUUCAAUACACGUUAAUGAAUGGCA